GUUUUUUUUCUGUUUGAAAGCACAUCCCUAAAUCUGCUAUUUUGUAUUUUCUUACUUUGAACAGUGACUCCUAUGUUUUGGGAACUAAUACAUAGGUAUAACAACAUAGGGAAUUGCUAUGUUAACAUGCUGAAGUGUAUACAAAUGGUUAAUUACUAAACAGCGCAUUUCUCUAUGGAUGGUUUGAGUGAAUAUAGGCCUAUCUCUGUAAAGGAUUUGGGAUGUCUUGUCAGUACUUGCCUGGCAGUGACAGGAAAACCUGGGGUGGGCUUAGGGCACGUUUCUUAACCCUCUACUUUUUGAAGACGUAUUGAUACUAUUGGAUGCCACUAACUGGUGGUGGUAUUUCAUUUGGCUGAGGCUUUUCAUUGUUCUUGCUCCACCAUGAUCAUCUUACUGCUUUUCCCUGUUCUGGUGUUAGGUGAUAUUGAAUUACAAAACAGUUCAUCAUCAUGGAUAGCAAACCAUUCAAUGACUAACUCCACAACAUUUGAAAAUAAUGGUCAAACUGAAUUGCAAAACAGUGUAUCAUCCAAUAUAACAUUUAAAGAUGGAGUUGAAAUUGGAUUACCAAACAAUGUAACGUCAGAAGAUGAUGAACGUUUUCAGGAUCAGGAACAUUUCCAUGUCUUUCACGACUGCAAUGAGAACCUUCUAGAGCUAUACAGCAACAUCACUUGCUGGGGGAGUUUUCACCAUAAAAUGGAAUACAUCAACAUGGAGCACUGGUGUAAUUGGGACAAAGUCAUUAGACCAUACAGUGAGCUGACUAAGUGCAUGGAGUUUUGUAGCGGCUACUUGGGAUGCUACUACCCGAACCAAGUGGUACAAGACUUCUUCAUUAAGAUCCAUUCUCAUUACUUCCAAGCUUGUCCGGUGAAGGAAGCCAUGUUCCCGGAUGCCCCCUCAGAUGUUGUGCUUACCCUUACCCUCAUUCCAGUUGGCCUCAUCCCCAUUCUGAUUUUCCUAGUGGUCUGGAACAAUAAGGGCAUGGACUAGUUUGGAAAUGUUAAUUAUGAGCUGAUUGAUUUUGACCUUUUUGCUAUUAGUUCCCUUCCUGUAACUGUACCCUAACAAUAAUUAUUGGAAAGUAUUUUCUUAUAAAGCUUUUUUUUUAUGUCUGGGAAUGUACAGCUCUGGAAAAUAAAUAAGAGACCACUACACCUUUUUCUUUCC